AUGCGUAAUCCUCUAGCUGGUAUUUUGAACCCCAAUAGAGGCUUUCUCGAACUAUAUCGAUGCUAUCCUAUUGCAAUGAUGCAACACGGAAGCGAAAGAGAAAACGUCAAUUAUGGUGGAAAAAUCAUUCUUCCGCAGUCAGCAUUAGAGAAAUUAUCUCAGCUGAAUAUAUCAUAUCCUAUGCUUUUCCGUUUGAAUAAUGGGCAAGAGAAGAAGCAUACACAUGCAGGUGUACUUGAGUUUAUCGCAGAGGAAGGACGAGCAUAUUUUCCACAAUGGAUGAUGGAAUCUCUCAAGGUCGAACCUGGAAACCUUAUCGAAGUUAAAAAUAUUACCCUCCCACUUGGAUCUUUUGUGAAGAUUCAACCUCAGUCGACAGACUUUUUAGAUAUCAGUGAUCAUAGAGCAGUGCUUGAGAAUGCUCUGCGCAACUUUUCAACACUGACGGCCGGAGAUAUGAUUCAGAUCAACUACAAUAGUAAAGUAUACGAAAUUAAAGUACUGGAAGUCAAGCCUAAUCACGAAGAUCAUGGUGGUAUAUCUAUCGUUGAGACCGAUUUGGAGGUCGAUUUUGCGCCACCUGUUGGUUAUGUUGAGCCAAGCAGACCUACACCUACACCUUCAAUGAAGAGUCAGAUGGUUAUUGAUGUUCCAGAAACACCAAAAAAAACCGAAACGUCUGCAUUUAGUGGAAGCGGACAAAGUUUGAGAGGAAAAGGAAAAGAACCAAUAAGAACCGAAAAUCCUAUGGAUGUGGAUACAGACUUUGGAGAGGAAAGCCGAUUUGAUCCUAACGACGAUGGACCGCUCAAUCUUCCAUUUGGCCAACUGUUCUUUGGGUACAAGGUUGUUCCUCCAAAGAGCACAGAAGAAGAAAGCGAUGUCAAAAAGACACAUGUAUUUUCCGGAUCAGGACAGACGUUAAGAACUAAGAAAGGGGGCUCAAGUAAACCAAAGUAG